AUGGAGAGAGUCUACAACGCCAAGAGGUGCCCUGACGAAAACAGGUUGUCCUAUACUGAGUAUCUUUUGACUGGAGAGGCAAGCCACUGGUGGAACAGUGCACGGAUGAUCUUGGAGGGAACUAGAACCCCUAUCACAUGGGACUUAUUUAAGAGGAAGUUCUAUAGGGAAUACUUCCCUGACACUCUUAGAUACGCUAAGGAAGUCGAGUUUUUGGAGCUAGUGCAGGGAAAUAUGUCGGUAUCUGAGUAUACUGACCGCUUCAAACAUCUUCUUAGAUUUAACACCAUGACAGUGGAUGAAGAGUGGCAAUGUCGCAAGUUUGAAAACGGGUUGCGCGGUGACAUCAAGCUCUUGGUGAGAGGUCACCGUCUGAGGGAGUUUCCAGCUCUUGUGGAGAUGGCUAGGGAUAUGGAGAAGACAAAGAGAGAAGCUGAGGGAUACCCGAGCCGUCAGGCCCAGCCACUGAGGGUUGGGGGACCAGCCAUGUCUAGAGGUGGGUCCAGUUCCAGGAAGACACCAUACUCCAGAUCUUCUUCUUCUUCUCGUAGUUCUGGAGGAUCUUCUCAGCCUUCUGUUCAGCCGAGCCAGUCCUCAUCUAUGAGUGGCGUGAGAUGCUAUGGAUGUGGCGGUUCGCACUACUUGUCUUCAUGUCCCCAGAGGACUAAUUUUCGGAGGUGCAACCGAUGCCACAAGGAGGGCCACUAUGAGCGUGACUGCCCUAUGGGUAGGAGAGCUACUUCCCAGCCACAGCAUGCAGGGAGAUCUCAGCACAGAGGUGGCAUCAGACCUCAGGCCACUGGACGUGUUUAUGCACUGACAGGGACAGAAGCAGCUAGCUCAGGUGAUUUGAUUUUCGGUACAUGUGUAUUGGGUGGUAGAUCUUGCAUGGUGUUGUUUGACUCUGGAGCGACACACUCAUUUGUGUCUGAGACUUGUGCUAGAGAGUUGGGGUUACCAGUGAGAGAGCUACAGUAUGACUUGACUGUAUCUACUCCUACUUCUGGGAUAGUGAAGACAUCUACAGUUUGUGUUAGAAGUUCUGUAGUGGUUGAGGGGCGUCAGUACAAGGUAAACUUGAUAUGUUUGCCUUUGCAGGGUUUGGAUGUCAUCCUAGGGAUGGAUUGGCUGUCUGUCAAUCGUAUUCUCAUUGAUUGUGGGGAGAAGAAGCUAGUAUUUCCCAAUGAGGAGGAUUACCCACCUCUGACUCUUGGUGUGUUGAGGCAAGACCUAAUAGAAGGUGCAUGUUGUUUCUUGAUACUAUCACACAUGGAAGUAAAGCAAGGAGAUUCUGACGUAGACCUCUCGGUAGUCAGUGAAUUUCUAGAUGUGUUUCCUGAGGAGAUUCCUGGCUUACCUCCUCCAAGAGAGGUAGAGUUUUCCAUAGACAUUGUAUCGGGAGCAGGGCCUAUCUCUAUAGCCCCAUAUCGCAUGGCACCAGCCGAAUUGGCCGAUUUGAAAAAGCAGAUUGAAGAGUUGUUGGAGAAACAGUUCAUCCGGCCUAGUGUUUCUCCUUGGGGUGCGCCGGUAUUACUGGUAAAGAAGAAGGAUGGCAGUUCAAGAUUGUGUGUGGAUUAUAGGCAACUUAACAAAUUAACCAUCAAGAAUAAGUACCCUUUGCCUAGAAUUGAUGAUUUGAUGGAUCAGCUACAUGGGGCAGUUGUGUUUUCCAAGAUUGAUCUACGGUCCGGCUAUCACCAAAUAUUAGUUAAGGCUGAUGAUGUUCAGAAGACAGCUUUUAGAUCCAGAUAUGGCCAUUACGAGUAUGUGGUCAUGCCCUUUGGUGUGACUAACGCCCCUGCCAUAUUCAUGGAUUACAUGAAUAGGAUUUUCCGACCUUUCUUAGAUAAAUUCGUUGUCGUCUUCAUAGAUGACAUUCUAAUAUAUUCUAAGAGUGAGGAAGAACAUGUAUACCAAAUGAUGGAGAGCUGA